AUGCACUUCCGCUUCCGCACCAGAGAUUUCCCAGUCAUAAUGUCUCAUGCCCGCAACCUGGAAGGCGUCUUUGCCGUCCACAAACCCGCCGGUAUAACCUCAGCAGAAGUGCUCCGUGACCUUCAGAAGCACUUCACCCCCUCCCGCUUCUUCCAACCAUGGGUUGACACAGAGCGUAUUCGGCGGCGCGCUGAGAGCAAACACCAAUCGCGCAGACGGCGCAACAAGCGUCUUCAAGUGAAACUCGGACAUGGGGGCACCCUCGACCCCAUGGCGACAGGCGUGCUGAUAACUGGCAUUGGCAAAAGCACAAAGGAGUUGAAUAACUUUCUUGCCUGCACCAAAUCAUAUGACGCCGUGGUAUUAUUUGGCGCCGCGACGGAUUCGUACGAUUGUAUCGGGAAGGUGGUGAGUAGGGCACCGUACGAGCAUAUCACGCGAGAGAGGGUGGAGGAAGCGCUAGCAGCGUUUAGGGGGAAGAUUAUGCAGCGCCCUUCAAUAUUUUCGGCGCUGAGGGUGCAAGGGAAAAGACUGUAUGAGUAUGCAAGGGAGGGGAUUGAGCCGCCUGUGGAGAUUUUGAAGAGGCCAGUGGAAGUGAUGAAUUUGGAAAUUGUGGAAUGGUAUGAGGGGGGUACGCAUGAUUAUGUCUUCCCAAUGGAAGAGGUGAACAGUACGGAAAAGGCUAUAGCGAAGAAGAUGGUGUCUAAGGACGCUCUGCCAUCUACGAUUCCGAAAAAACAGCACCGAGAUAACUCCAGGGAGCCCGAAGAAGCACAUGGUGUGAAGAGAAAGCUAUCCCCAUCUCCAGCCUCCGCCACUUUCCCAAAACGCCAAAAUCCUGCCACUGACACCCUUAUCUCUACAACGGCCACCACCGGUCCUGGUCCCCUCACAAAUACUUCUGACGGCUCUCCCACCGCUGAUGUCACGACAACUACUAACACAUCCACCUCCUCAAAACCACACCCGUCACCGCCCGCCGUAAAACUUACGAUGACCGUCUCAUCCGGCUUCUACGUUCGUUCCCUAGCCCACGACCUUGGCCUCGCACUUGACAGCAAUGCAAUAUUGUCAUCACUUGUCCGCACGCGCCAGGCUGACUUUACGCUGGAGCCUGACAAAGUGCUGGAGUAUCGCGAUUUGGAAGCGGGAGAAGAGGUGUGGGGGCCCAAAUUGCAGAAGUUUUUGGACGAGUGGGAAGAGAGGAAGGGGAGGGUGGAGGCUGAGGGAGUCGUUGAGGCUGUGAGUGAGGGUGAGGAUGAAGGAUUGUGA